ACGUGCUGGCUUCCGGCGGAAGAGCGCGGGAGCAAAAUGGCCACUACUAAGCGUGUGCUGUACGUGGGUGGGCUGGCAGAGGAGGUGGAUGAUAAAGUUCUUCAUGCUGCUUUUAUUCCUUUUGGAGACAUCACAGAUAUUCAGAUUCCUUUGGAUUAUGAAACAGAAAAGCACCGAGGAUUUGCUUUUGUCGAAUUUGAGUUGGCAGAGGAUGCUGCAGCAGCUAUUGACAACAUGAAUGAAUCUGAGCUCUUUGGACGGACAAUUCGUGUCAAUUUAGCCAAACCAAUGAGAAUUAAGGAGGGCUCUUCCAGACCAGUUUGGUCAGAUGAUGACUGGUUGAAGAAGUUUUCUGGGAAGACUCUCGAAGAGAAUAAAGAGGAGGAAGGGUUAGAACCUCCCAAGACAGAAACCCAGGAGGGAGAGCCUGUUGCAAAAAAGGCCCGGUCAAAUCCUCAGGUAUACAUGGACAUCAAGAUCGGUAACAAGCCAGCUGGCCGCAUUCAGAUGCUCCUGCGUUCAGAUGUUGUGCCCAUGACAGCAGAGAACUUCCGUUGCCUGUGCACCCAUGAAAAGGGCUUCGGCUUCAAGGGAAGCAGCUUCCACCGCAUCAUCCCCCAGUUCAUGUGCCAGGGCGGCGAUUUCACAAACCACAAUGGCACUGGGGGCAAAUCCAUCUACGGGAAGAAGUUUGAUGAUGAAAACUUCAUCCUCAAGCACACAGGCCCAGGCCUAUUGUCCAUGGCCAACUCUGGCCCAAACACCAAUGGCUCCCAGUUCUUCCUGACAUGUGACAAGACAGAUUGGCUGGAUGGCAAGCACGUGGUAUUUGGCGAGAUCACCGAGGGCCUGGAUGUCUUGCGGCAGAUUGAGGCCCAGGGCAGCAAGGACGGGAAGCCAAAGCAGAAGGUGAUCAUCGCUGACUGUGGGGAGUAUGUGUGAGAGGCGCUUCCUGUGCUCCCCUCUGUCUGCUCUCACCCCUGUGGAUCCAGAAGGGAUCUCCCAGCCUCAGCUGUUUGGAGCAGGCAGCGUUUCUGGUAUGACCCCUUCCUCUGGGUCAGCUUGGAGCAGCUCCUCUGUGGGCAUAGCCUGGACUUUUCCCAAGUGUGGCUGUGGCCCCAGAGCCAGCAUAGGGGUCACCCUCCCACCAUGGGCAGGCUGUGCACGGACACUGACUCUUCCUGGCAUUUGCUGCUGGGUCUCUCUUGGGCUCUUGAACAUUUUCUUUGCUAAAAUAAAUCCUAGUUCUUGUAUUG